UUGCAAACUAUGAAUAAGGGAUUCGCUUACGUUUUUUAAUCCGAAAAUAUCUAGCAAUUAGUACCUUCACUCACCCUUAUUUACUUCCGCAACAUAAACAGCUGGCAAAUAUCUUGGACGGAAACCACUCGCAACACCGAAGGAAACCAUGGACAUGGUGCCGCGCCUACUGGACUACAUCGGGAGCUACCCACGCCUCGAAGACGAGAAGGAGCUCAGAUACCAGCUGAGCGGCUUCACCCACAAGGAUCUGCGCGCAGCCUGCAGCCUGUUAAACCUCCCAAUCUCCAGGAAGAACAACAAAAAAGGCGGCUAUAUCGCCACCCUCGUCGCAUACUGGAAGGGCGAUUCCGCCCCUCUCGCCUCUAACUCGGCGGCAAGUCCAGUCCAAUCGUUUGCUCCAAUGACGCAGCCCAUGGCGAACUUGCCACACCACCCGAUGCCCAUGCACGAGGCCAGCGACGUCACUCAAUACGUGCAACAGUUUCCACCCCAAGGGGACGAACAGGAGUUGCGCGACCAAUUGAAUGGCUGCAAGGCGGUCAUCUUACGCUCCGCCUGUGUGCUACUGGAGUUGCGUCCGAACCGCAAAAACUUUGCCAAACCGAACUAUAUCACUCUUCUAGUUGAUUACUGGAAGGACAGUGUGGCAAUUUCUUCUGAUGCCACUGCCACGCCCCGAGCGGUUCACUUCCACGAGCCGAAUGUGACACCACGGAACGAAGUGGAUGCAGGGAACCAGAAACGAACGAGAGACGAGGCGAAGACGGCCACGAAGAAGAAAGCCAAAGUGAUGGAGCGCAGUGGCGACAUCUUUGAAGAGAAAGUGGGGGCGAUGGCGGCGUCGCUGGAGAAGGCCCAGGUGGUCAAGGAGUGGGCCUCAGCCAUCGAGAUCCUCUCGCGUGUGGACGGCAGCGCCGAGAGCAUCGCGUCCAUCCGAGCUCUCAUUGACGGCGUGGUGCCACUUCAAAUCAUGCCCGGCAAGGCUCAGCCCAAGAAGAAGAGAAAGGUGUGGAUGCGAUGGAUGGACGAGCGGACUCACGGCACAUUCAAUGUCAUUGGCGUUAAUCUAGUCACCUUACCUGACGACACCGAAGUCCUAGCAGACGUCGCAGAUGCAGCACAUACUCUGUAG